AUGGUGUCCUGCUGCCUCAUGGGCCGGCCCUGGGCACCGAUUCCUUUCCCCAGGCCCUCGGCGUCCAACCUGGGUCGUCAGCUGAAUCUCUCCCUUCCACGCACAGCGCUGAAGAUGUCGAACCUCUGGGCUCCCGGGCCGGUACCUACGGAGGCGAUCUCCACACGCAUGGCCCUGCGCCGGCUCCUCGCAGGUCGUGGUUGGCACAACGAGACGAGCGCUCCCACUUGCACUUCGUUGACGCCGAGUAUGCGAGGUGUCACAAAGAGACACCACAAAGGAGGCUUCCUGGCUGUGGCCAGCCGUGUCCUGGAACUGCGCGGAAUGGCACCAGCGACGGAAGCCGAGGUGGCAGAUGCUCAGCGGAUUGGCCGAAUCUGGGCGCCGCUGUACCGGAGGCUCGAACUUGUCACGCCCCUCGUGGGCAAUGCGGCGGAGUUUGCUGUGAAUGCAGACCGUGCUGCUGCAUUGGAGGUGCUCUGUGCGCCCCAACUUGGAGCGAGCGCCCAUGCAGCCAGCCCAUGGCCGAUGGCUCAGAUCUGGGGAGAGGGAAUCGUGCAUGAGAUUCGAACGGCCUCACCAAUGGCCGUGCGGGCACUAGGAGGGGGCGCAUGGCCGAAGGCUGCCGUGCCCGGGAGUCCAGUGGCCUACAUGCCCAGAGCUAUGUCCCCGACACCAAGCCAGGCUUCUGGCCAGCCCAGAACAGAGUCCCCACUGCCGCAGCGUGCAGGCUACCCGGUGAUUGCCACAUCAGCCCCUUCACCCCCUCCAGCACGCUAUGCUGCCUCCGUCGUCCAGAUGCGACCUGCAGUGUGCGCAGGUGCCCCAGGGACACCCACUCUCGUGACCCGCGUGCCUACUCCCAGGCAGCAGCAGCUGCGACGCGAGGUGCCAGCAGCCAUACGCAUUGCGGCGCCCAUCUUUGGAAUGAAGGAGGCCACAGUGGCUCCUGCGAGGUCCGUGACGCCACGGAAGCCGGCUGCAGUGAACAGCGCUGAACCAGCGGCUUCUCGUCAAUUCACCCCGGCUCCUGCUGGAACCAUGGAGCGAGUCAUCGUCAGAUCAGGCACACGCAGCUGA